CCGCAACCAUGUCAACAUCCGCGGUCGACACCGGAGAACUCCCUCUUCCAGCCAUGAGCAACCAAGCAUCGGGUUCCUGGUUCAUCUUGCGCCUUCAACUCACUCCCUCUAACUGCCUCAUCGCCAUUCCAAACUUCGAGUUUGAGAACUGGGGUCCGGAAGAUAAAUUUGCCAUCCUCGCCGCUUUCAGGUAUGUAUCUACAUGACUAUCAAAUUCUAAAGCUGACGAUCGCCCCCUAGCAACAUGACUGGUGCCCAUGGAAUCUACGUCAGAGACUAUGCCCAACCCCGCACAUUCCUUGGACCGGUUCAAUUUUUUGUCCUGUAUGCCGAUGAUGGUGUUGCUCUCCUCCUGCCACCACCAGUCAGCGAUCUCUCUGCCCUCCCUCCAUUCCCGGAUCAAAUCAUCAUGACUAACAACAUUGUUGCCCCCGCCGAUAAUGACACCGAGCCUACCUCUGACAACACUCCAUACCUGAGAGUUCCUCGUCCCCCAAAUGCCUUCAUCUUGUAUCGCAAGCACCACCAUGCAAGCAUUGUUGCUCAAAACCCAUCUGUCCACAACAAUAAGAUCUGUAAGUAGACUAUCCUGAUUAACGUUUCUUCUGCUGAUACCGAGAAGCUCAGAUCAUUGGCAAGAUGUGGAGCGAGGAAACUGACGAGGUCACCAACUACUUCAAAGCUCAGGCCGACCAAGCCAAGGUAGAACAUGCCAUCAAGUAUCCGAACUACCAGUAUCAGCCUCGCAAACCCUCUGAGAAGAAACGACGCAUGACAAAGAAGAAGGCAGCAACUUUGGCAGCUAAUGCUACUGAAGCCAUGACCUCUUCGCACAAAUAUUCAGAGUCCUCCGGAGCCGACCUCACUCAAUCUUCUCUGCCACUUAACAGAAAGACCAAGAAUCGAGUUGUCAAGCAAACUAAGACAGCAAACAACAUCGCUGCAAUUGCUCAAGCAAUUGAAACCCGCUUUGACAUCGCAGAAAAUGUCAACGUUCGGGUUGUCAACAAUCUCGCCAGUGAUUCCUUCGAGCUUCCAGAUGUCAUUGGUGUCAACGACUUUGAUACUGCCGUUAAUGCCAACGGAUUUGAUACUACUCAAUUCGACAACAUUGGCUACUCUGGACGUGCUGGAUCUUCGGACAAUAUCAACACCCUCUUCUUCCCAGCUAACGACGAGGUCCUCAGUCGCGAUCGUGCUGAUGGUUGGCUCUUGUUCGCGCAGUCCCAAGGCUGGAUCUGAGGUAACGGAAUACUCCCAUGUACUCAUCUAGAUACUUGCGAAAUCGUUUCAUGAGAGUGGCGUCCAUUCAUUGUAUCUCAGAAGAUGCUCAAUGUUAAUAGUAUAAAGGUUUUCCUACAUUCCCGGCGGUUUCGGUGGUGUUUUCCCCAUGUUUAUAAGAG